UUUUUUAUAUGUGUCGGAAAAUUUGUGGAUAAUCGCCCCCAAGACUUGAGAUACUUGUCCUGAGCUCGCGCUCUCUUCCUCGGCGUAGACAGAGAGAUAGUGACGGUGAAUCCAUGGGUUUACAGAGCUGUAUUGGAGGGACGACUUUGCAAACCUUGAAGCUCGCUUCUAUUCCUACAUUGUCUUCUUCGCGCUUAGUUUCCAGACCAGUACAGCUGAAAGCCCUUACCCUAGACUUUUUCCUCCUCUCCCGCCAUGGCCGUUCGAGGAGAUCCCCGUUUCCACUCCUCGCCAGAGCUCUCUCGGCCCCGGCUAUUGCGUUCCAGACAGAAACACCUCCGGAAGAAAAGGGUAAUGCAGUUGUGAAGCCUCAGUGGAAAGCUGCGAUAGACUUCAAGUGGAUAAGGGAGAACAAGGAAGCGGUUGCUGUGAACAUAAGGAAUAGGAACUCCAAUGCUAAUUUGGAAGCUGUGAUUGAACUGUAUGACAAAAUGUCCAAUCUUCAAAAGGAAGUUGAGCGGCUUCGUGGAGAAAGGAAUGUGGUGGCAAACAAGAUGAAAGGGAAACUGGAACCAUCUGAACGUCAAAGACUCAUAGAGGAAGGGAAAAAUCUGAAAGAAGGACUUGCUACCUUGGAAGAAGACCUGCUUAAACUUACUGAUGAGCUUCAGCAGGAAGCACAGGGUAUACCAAAUAUGACUCAUCCGGAUGUUCCAAUUGGAGGAGAGGACUGUUCGGUGAUAAGAAAGAAGGUUGGUAGCCCACCUCAGUUUGGCUUCCAAAUCAAGGAUCACCUUCAACUUGGAAAAGAACUUGAUCUUUUUGAUUUUGAUGCUGCUGCAGAGGUCAGUGGCUCAAAAUUCUACUACCUGAAAAAUGAAGCAGUUAUGUUAGAGAUGGGCCUUAUUAACUGGACACUCUCAGAAGUCAUGAAGAAGGGCUUUAUACCUUUGACAACUCCAGAGAUUGUAAGGUCCUCUGUGGUUGAAAAAUGUGGUUUCCAACCUCGAGGAGCAAAUACUCAGGUUUAUUCUAUUGAGGGUAGUGAUCAGUGUCUCAUCGGUACAGCAGAGAUUCCAGUGGGGGGGAUUCAUAUGGAUUCUAUUCUUGCCGAGUCACUGUUACCAUUGAAGUAUGCUGCAUUUUCCCAUUGCUUCCGGACUGAAGCAGGUGCCGCAGGUGCAGCAACAAGGGGUCUUUAUCGAGUCCACCAGUUCAGCAAGGUGGAGAUGUUUGUCUUAUGCAGACCAGAGGAGAGUGACCUCUACCACGAGGAGCUCAUUAAGAUUGAAGAAGACCUCUUUUCAUCACUUGGAUUGCACUAUAAAACUUUGGACAUGGCUUCAGGGGAUUUAGGCGCACCUGCUUAUCGUAAAUUUGAUGUCGAGGCGUGGAUGCCUGGCUUAGAACGAUUUGGUGAGAUAUCAAGUGCAUCAAACUGUACUGAUUAUCAAAGUCGCCGACUGGGAAUCCGAUAUCGCCCAUCAGAACCAUCAUCAGCUAGUCCUAAAAAGGGUAAAGCAAACCUUGCACCACCAAGGUUUGUGCACACAUUAAACGCAACCGCCUGUGCAGUUCCACGGAUGAUUGUUUGCUUACUUGAGAAUUACCAGCAAGAAGACGGCUCUGUCACCAUCCCCGAGCCAUUGAGGCCUUUCAUGGGUGGGCUUGAGAUUAUAGCUCCUAAAUCCAGAUAGGUUGAGUCUGCAGGCCUUUCAUGGGUGGGAUGAAGUUGAAUUUUGUGGCAAACAGCAUCCGUUUGUGGUUCCUACCAUGCAAGGACAGUGAUAAUAAGAGUGUUGGAACAAUCAUAUGCAAUGCGGUUGUUGUCAUGGCAAAAUUCUUUCUUCGUACGUGAACUUGAUUACAGAAGAUUAUCAAUCUGUCACUGAUCAAGGUGGUUGUUUUCCAAUAACUUCGAGUUCGAGCCUGUGCUUGAUUUGAAAUGGUUGAUGAUUCUGAUAACUAUGAUUUGUGGGUGGGCAAGGUUACUGACAGGAAAGGACCCAAAGUACCAUGACUGUUUUGAUAACUAUGGGAUUGAGAUUGCUUAUCCAUCCCCUCUACUGACUGGAGUUCAUCUUGCACAAAUCCAUCUUCUUUAAUAACUAUGAUGUUCUGAAUUUUGAUGC